GAGCGGGGGGGCGGUGGGUGGGGGGAAGGCGGCUCCGCACACCCAAGAUGGCGGCGGUGGAGCUGGAGUGGGUGCCCGAGACGCUCUAUAACACGGCGAUCUCGGCCGUGGUGGAUAGUUACGGGCGGGCCAGGCGCAGGGACAUCCGUUCGCUGCCCGAGAACAUCCAGUUCGACGUGUACUACAAGCUUUACCAGCAGGGCCGCUUAUGUCAGCUGGGUAGUGAAUUUUGUGAACUAGAAGUUUUUGCAAAGGUGCUUCGAGCUUUAGAUAAAAGGCAUCUGCUUCAUCACUGCUUCCAGGCUUUGAUGGACCAUGGAGUAAAAGUUGCUUCUGUACUGGCCUAUUCUUUCAGUAGACGGUGCUCCUACAUUGCAGAAUCGGAUUCUGCUGUAAAAGAGAAAGCAAUCCAGAUUGGUUUUGUUUUAGGGGGGUUCCUAUCAGAUGCAGGCUGGUACAGUGAUGCUGAGAAGGUAUUUCUCUCCUGCCUUCAGUUAUGCACCCUUCACGAUGAAAUCCUUCACUGGUUUCGUGCCGUAGAAUGCUGUGUAAGGUUGCUGCACGUUCGAAAUGGUAACUGUAAAUAUCACUUGGGAGAGGAAACAUUCAAACUGGCUCAGUCUUACAUGGACAAACUUGCAAAGCAUGGUCAGCAGGCGAACAAAGCGGCGCUCUACGGGGAGCUGUGUGCACUGCUCUUUGCCAAGAGCCACUACGAUGAGGCUUAUAAAUGGUGCAUAGAAGCCAUGAAGGAGAUCACAGUUGGCCUGCCUGUAAAAGUAGUAGUGGAUGUUUUACGACAAGCUUCAAAGGCUUGUGUUGUAAAACGUGAAUUUAAGAAGGCUGAGCAGCUGAUAAAGCAUGCAGUAUACCUUGCCAGGGAGCAUUUCGGAGCCAAGCACCCCAAAUACUCCGAUACGCUACUAGACUACGGAUUUUACCUGCUCAAUGUAGACAAUAUAUGCCAGUCUGUUGCCAUCUAUCAGACAGCUCUUGAUAUCCGGCAGUCGGUAUUUGGAGGUAAAAACAUCCAUGUAGCUACAGCUCAUGAAGACUUGGCUUACUCUUCAUAUGUUCACCAGUACAGCUCUGGAAAAUUUGACAAUGCACUAUUCCAUGCUGAACGUGCUAUUGGCAUUAUAACUCACAUUCUUCCAGAAGACCAUCUUCUCUUGGCAUCUUCAAAGCGAGUUAAAGCACUUAUCUUGGAGGAGAUUGCAAUAGACUGUCACAACAAGGAAACUGAGCAGAGGUUACUUCAGGAAGCUCAUGACUUACAUCUGUCCUCACUCCAGUUAGCUAAAAAAGCCUUUGGGGAGUUUAAUGUACAAACAGCAAAACACUAUGGCAACCUUGGAAGACUGUAUCAGUCCAUGAGAAAGUUUAAGGAAGCAGAAGAAAUGCACAUCAAGGCAAUUCAGAUUAAGGAGCAGCUUCUAGGUCAAGAAGAUUAUGAAGUUGCCCUGUCAGUGGGCCAUCUAGCUUCUCUCUAUAACUAUGAUAUGAACCAGUAUGAAAAUGCUGAAAAGCUCUAUUUGAGGUCCAUAGCAAUUGGAAAGAAGCUUUUUGGGGAAGGAUACAGUGGACUUGAAUACGAUUACAGAGGUCUCAUUAAACUGUACAAUUCCAUUGGCAAUUACGAGAAAGUCUUUGAAUACCACAAUAUUUUGGCCAAUUGGAACCGGUUGCGGGAUCGGCAGUUCUCGGUUACAGAUGCUCUGGAGGACGUAAGCACCAGCCCUCAAUCCACUGAAGAAGUGGUCCAGUCUUUUCUGAUGUCUCAGAACGUUGAUGGACAGAGUAGUUAAGAACUUGGUCAAUAAACCAGUUAAGGUUUUUUCCCCCCAGGUUACAGGGGGAAAAGUCAUACUGUGAAAUCUAAACCAUGUAGUUCUCUGGGGGCUGGAAUUUGCAUUGAAACACUGGUCCAGUCUACUGAAGAGUGCCCAUACGGAUGAAUGUGUGUUAAAUUCUUAUCAGCAUGUGUAUGGCAUGUUUAGUUCGGCUCACAUUUUGAACUUGGUAUUCCAGAAAACCCCUUCUUUCUCUCUUCUUUCAAAAGAAGCUACUUUGCAGAAAGUCUGCAAGAAAACCUUAAAUAAAACUGUUUGAGCUCAAAA